GUUUUAUCACGAUCGCGACUGUCGUUAUGGAUUAUUUACAUAAUAAUCGUGAAUUCAGUUUCCAGCGUUCAACACAUCACGCGCCUGUUGGAAAAACAACCGUAUGACUUUGCUGUUUGAUUGAUGUGAUACAACGAAGAACCAUACAAUAUUAUUUUCAAUAUCAUAAUGCAGAUGCGAAUUAUAAACCUUGCCAGAAAUGAAGCUAUAAAUUUGAGUCUUUUCUUGACAAGUGUAACAGUAUUAUCGGAGUGCGGAUACGGUGAUCUUAUUGUUAAAACGCUGACGAAACCUCAAGUUAUAGAGUUCACGGUUGAAAAUAAUUAUCAAUUCGGGCUGAAUCAUCGGAAUAUUGGUUUCAUGCCGUUGAGUAGAAUUAACAUACAGUGAGUCGAAUGAAAAAUGGUGAUAGUGGAGAAUAGCAUGAUUACAAACGAGGACAGCAAGUCCUUUUCCAAAGAAUGCGGAGUUCUGACGAUCUUAGCACCGAUUGACGAUGCUACAUCUGGCGAGAAACAAAUAGACGAAAAGUUGGCGAAAGUUGUUGACAGUUUAAUGGAAGUCAAACUCUUCAAGAGACGCUGGCUACAGCUCGUCCUGUUCUUCCUUCUCGGUAUAAGCUGCGACGUGCAUGCUUCUCAGUUCGUAAUCGUCGGCAAUAUAACGCGCAGGUUUUACAACGUUUCUUCACUGGCAGUGGAAUGGACCAUAACAAUUUUCAUGUUAGAAUACGUGAUUCUGCUGAUACCGGUCUCUUAUUUAACGGAACGCCUUGGUUUGAGACGAACCAUCCUGAUAACGACGACGGGCGUAACCCUUGGCUCUUGGAUUCAGGUUUUCGCAGCAUCUCCGGACCGUUUUGACUUAGCAAUUGUUGCACAAGUCCUAUUUGGCAUGUUCCAAGUCUUCGUCCUCAGCGUUCCUGGCCGAUUAGCUUCUUAUUGGUUUGGGCCAAAAGAAGUCGCCCUUGCCACAUCCGUCGGUUUCUACGGAGCUCAGGUGGGCAAUAUUAUAUGUUGCUUGACUGUUCCGAUGGUCGUUGAAGAUCACGAAGAUGUCGAAGACAUCGGAAGGGAUUUCUCGUCAAUCUUUUGGCCACAGGCAAUCGGGUCCAGCAUUCUCACCAUCAUAUUAUUUUUCUUUUUUCUCGACGAACCGCGCUUGCCACCGAGUGGUGCAAGGGCACUCCAAAAAAUUAACCACGAAUCAACUAUUUUGGGCUUUCUGCCUACUUGUAAAAGGGUCCUAAAGAACAAGAGUUUUCUCAUCCUGUGGAACAGCUUUGGCUUAAUUAUGGGUGUGGGAUUGGCAUUGGGCGUACUAUUGAAUCCAUUCUACACUGCUCAUUUCAAGGACGAUACUCGGAGUGUUGGAUAUCUGUCAAUUUCGCUGAAUGUGGUUGGAAUAGUUGGCUCAGUAAUCUGUAGUACAAUUCUCGACAAAACGAAGGCGUUCAGAAAGCUCUCGGUCGUCGUCUGCUGCUUGUCAAUCCCUGCAACGUUGUUGUACGGGACAAGCUAUAUGCUGGAAUUGAAAUGGAUGAUAUUUGCGACUAUGCUACUAUGCGGAGCUCCCGUUCUCGGAUAUGGAAUAAUUGGAACGGAAUUAUGCGUGGAAAUAACUUAUCCUGAGCCAGAAUCAAUCACCACCGGAAUUUUAAACAUGGCAUCUCAGAUCUACGCGUUUUUCUUGGUUCUGCUUACUGGCAGGAUGCUCGAAAACUACGGGGACGUUCCCGCAUUCGGCUGUAUUUGCGCAUUCCUCGUUCUCGGAACUAUUUUAGUGAUAUUCAAUAAAAGCGAACUCCGACGCGAGAAAGCUAGGCAACUCACCAGCCGAUACAUCGCUGUUCCCGUCAAAGAAUUGACAGAGUUGAAAUCUCACGAGUUGAGAGCCGCUCCGUGAUAUUCUCAUAUCAUUUCUGAAGUGACUCAAGUGAAUCAUUCUAAUAAUAUUGAAAUGUUGCAUUUCGGAGCUUAAACGGUGUGUUCAUGUUGUUAUUGAAAUGUCACCUUAGUAUUUCUCUCAACCAUCCAAUACUCCAGUAGCUAUCAGUUUAGAAAAAUUGUACAAGACAGGGGCUACUAGCUUGAUAAAUAUAUGCUGAAUGAUU